AUGGUUUCCGUAAACAGUAUCAUAGACGAUGUCGCCGCUGCGGCAGAGGCUGAUGCUGGAGGAUGUGACCCCGAGGCUCAUGCGAGACUGCUACAAAGCAUCCAGAAUUCGACCCUGGCUUCCGAGAAGCCUUUAGAAACCGCCAAGAGAAUAUUGUACCAACCACCUAUCAACCUUGCCAUGCGUGUAGCCGUCGAGUUGCCGUUGUUCGAGGCCGUGUGUGCUACUGACGGUGACUCGAUCACCGCUCGAGAGAUAGCCAAAUCCCAAGACGUUUAA